AUGUGGAAAGGUACAGACAUAGAUAUAGAGAUAGAUAUAGAGAUAGAGUUAGAGAUUGAUAUUGAGGACUUUGCAGAUGGAUCUAGAUGUGAAGAGGGACCAGAUGGCUUUGCUUAUUGCUCAAAGGACUUUUUGGACAAGUUUGCACCAAAGUGCUUCAAGUGUCAACAGGCUAUAUUGGGAAAGGUGACCAAUGCAUUGGGUCGAUCAUACCAUCCAGAGCACUUUGCCUGCAACACCUGUCAGAUGCAGCUGCAAGGCAACUUCUUCCACACCGAUGACAACACACCAUAUUGCGAGCGACACUACUACGACACCAUAGGCUUCCUCUGUGGACACUGUGAGAAGCCCAUCCUCUCUGGCAAGUGCAUCGUCAUGGGCACCAAACGAUACCAUCCAGAGCACUUCUUCUGUUCAUUCUGCAAGACUGCCCUUUCGGGUGUUGGAUAUAAAAGACAAGGUGAUAAACCAUACUGCCAAGGUUGCCAUUUGAAGCUUUAUGGUUGA